AUGGACCUUUUUACACUUAUUGGUUUAUACUUUGUUGGCUAUGUUAUAUGCUAUGUAAUUCUUUUGUCAGUAGUUGAUUGUGACAUCAGGUUGCUGUGGUCUAUUUAUUUCGGCAGAGGACUAGAUUAUUUUCAAGGCAAAGUUGUUUGGAUUACUGGCGCUUCAAGUGGAAUUGGGGAAUUUUUAGCUGUUGAACUUGCAAAAAAUGGAGCUUCUAUAGUUUUGUCUGCCAGGUCACUAGCCAAUUUAGAAAGAGUUAAAGGGAAAUGCAUAGAUGCAGGAGCGAGUUUAGAUAAAAUUUUUAUUUUACCCAUGGAUGUAACCGAAACAGAAAAGCAUGAGGAAAUGUUCCUUCGUGUCGUGGAUCGUUUUGGAAGGUUGGAUAUUCUAGUUAACAAUGCAGGAAGAUCCCAAAGAGCCUUAUGGGAAGAUAUAGAACUUGAAGUUGACCGACAGCUGUUUGAGCUGAAUGUAUUUAGUGUUAUAUCUUUGUCUAGACUGGCUGUUAAAUAUUUUGAAAAAGUCGGUGGAGGCCACAUUGUAGUGACUUCAAGUUUGGCAGGUUUGUUUGGGGCUCCUUUUUCAGGAAGCUACACCGGAGCCAAACAUGCCAUUCAUGGUUACUUUAAAACAUUACUAUCUGAAAAAUUGGGAGGUAAUAUUGCAAUAACACUUCUUUGCCCAGGUCCUGUAUUUAGCAAUUUACUACCAGAGUGCUUUACAGACAAAGCUGGGAAGAACUUUGGUGAAUCAAUGGGUCAAGAAGAUAAAAGAAUGACCACAAAUCGAUGCGCUUAUCUUUGUGCUGUUGCAAUUGCAAACAAAUUAGAUGAAGCUUGGAUGGGGUUGUUUCCAGUUCUGCCACUCUGUUAUAUGCUUGUCUAUCAUCCCGGCAUUGCGAAACAAAUUGCUUUAUCACUAGGCACAAAACAGCUAUUAAACUUAAGGGAUAGCCGACAAACUGUAGUGAAGAAAGAAAGCUAA